AUGGGUCAUCAUGGGACUUUCCAAGUUCUCAAGUCGGCGCAGAUCCAAAAUAAGCCAAGUUUGGAAAGCAAAAUGGCAUCCUCCAGCGAAUCUACGAAGCUUGAACAUGGAGGCGCCUUUAUCGAAUAUGCGGGCUCAAUAAAGCUAAAGGAUAAGAAAACUCUGGUCAUUGGAGGGAAUUCGGGUAUCGGUCGAAUGAUUGCAGUUUUGAUGGCCCGAGAGGGUGCAUAUAUCAGUAUCGUCUAUUUACCCAAGGAGCAAGAGGAUGCCGAGGCAUCCCAAAAGAUGAUUGGGAAGGAAGGCGGGCAAUGUCUCCUCCUACCGGGGGACCUAAGAGAUCGCCAUUUCUGUCAUUCGGCAGUAGAAGGGCAUGUUAAACGGUUCGGCAAGCUCAACAUGCUUGUGAAUAAUGCGUCACAACAGUAUAUUACCCAGGAGUUUACAGACAUCGACUUGGAUAGAACAGAGGACACCUAG